UCUACCUAUUGAGCUUAAAGCCUCUUUCAGCAGUCCCAUUUCCCCACUGACGUGAACACACUGCCAGUGGCUUGGCCAGGCAGCCUUCAGCCCAGAAUGUGGGUCUCACGCAGACGUCUCUGUUUCUUAGGGGAUUGGGGAGCCCCCAACCAGACCCAAGCCGGCCCCGUCCUGGGGCACCUGCUAGGGGACCACACGGAGGGAAGAAACAGCAGCAACUCCACCAGGGCCCUGAAGCUUCCGGAUGGGACCAGCGCCGCUUGGUAUAUCCUCGCCAUCUUUGGCAUCUAUGGGGUGAUUUUCCUUUUCCGAUUGGCCAGCAACAUACUCAGAAAGAAUGAAAAGUCUUUGGAAGACAUUUAUUACUCAAACCUGACAUUUGGACUUGAAAAGAAAGGGCUCCAGAGCAAGGCAGCCAGAUGCUCUUCACUGACCAUUAGCAACAGAGCUGUCCUGCAGCCCAACCAGGCCAGCCUGGAGACAAAGGGUGGGAACAACAGCCCCUACACUGAAAUCCAAGAGAUCCCUUGAAAGUCGAGGCAAGGAGGCCUCUGCAGCUGAGGCUCAA